AUGGUGAUAACAAACAAACCGGCUGAUACGAAUGAAAAGUUCGUAAAGUCAGGUAACAUUCCAACUCUCUCUACAGACUGCAAGUCAAAUUCAAAUUCUGAUACUGAUAAAUCCUCUCCGAUGUCUUCUUCGAAAAGAAGAAGUCCUUCCAUCUUGAAAAACCUAGUCAUUGACGACAAUAUUCAUUCUAAAGCUCAACAAUUGUACUUAAACUCAAAUGGUACUGAUGCUUCUACUGAUGAGGAUGUAGCGAGGAGGCCAAGAAUGAGAAGGAAUCAAGAUAGGGCAAAGAUCUCAUAUGUCUUUAAAAGAGGAAAUAGUCGUCAAAAUAGUAGUAGUAGAAGAGUAAAAGCGAAACACACACAAUUAGCUAAUCAAGUUAAUGAACAACAAGAGUAUUCUCCAUAUAAUCAUACACUACCUUUGGGUUUGAAUGAUGCUAAUAAAUUGAAUGAGAAUGUCCAGUUCAACCCGAUCCAUAACGAUUCAAUUGAUACCUCUAGUUUAAACGAUACCACUAAUCAUGAUACAACCCCAUUGAUAUACAAUUAUGAUUAUUCAACAAUUAAAAUAAAGUAUGAUCCAUUGAAAUAUUUUAAUUUUCAAAAAAAUUUGGAAUUCUCAUCAUCUUCUUUAUAUACUAAUAGUGAAGAACAGCAGCAAGAAGAGCACGAGGAACAAGAAGAUGACGUCAAAAAGUUCCAAAAAAUAUCAAAGCAAUUACAAAUUAACAGUAGUAACGAUAACAUGAUAAAUAUUAAUCCCCAACAGAAAUACUCACAUCACUUCCCUUAUAAUGGCGCCAUCUUAAAACAAAAGGAUUAUUCCACUUCAAAUACAUUUCCUAAUUCAAAUGAUAGAGAUUUUUUUCUAAAAUUAUUGAAACACUCUAAACAUGCCUCUUAUUUCAAUUCAAAUACUACUUUAGCAAAUCAUUCUAAUAGAAAUGAUAAAUCAAUAAUCGGAAAGAAUAAAAUUAGAAGUAAACUGAAAAUAACGACAGUCGUAAAUUCGUCAAUUGAAUACAUUCAUAUUAAUAAUUAUGAAAUUAAAACAUGGUAUAAAUCCCCAUACCCAUUAUCAACGAAUAAAAAUAAGAUUUUAUACAUCUGUGAACUUUGCUUGAAAAAUUCCAACUCGAGGCAAACCCAUUAUAAUCAUCAAUUCAAAUGUACAAAUCAUCGAAAUAAUAAUAACAUUAAAACUCCUCCUGGAAAUCAAAUCUAUUUUGCUCAAAUAAAUGGACUAUCAAUUUGGGAAAUUGAUGGUCGUGAAAAUAUUGAAUAUUGUAGAAACUUAUGUCUCUUGUCAAAAUUGUUCCUAAACUCUAAAACUUUAUAUUAUGAUGUGGAACCCUUCAUUUUUUAUGUAUUAAUGAAACAGACGAAAGACUCAUAUGAUUAUAAUUUCAUUGGUUAUUUUUCAAAAGAAAAAUCUAAUUCUCUAAAUUAUAAUUUAAGUUGUAUAUUAACUUUGCCAAUUUAUCAAAGAAUGGGAUAUGGAAAUUUUUUAAUGGAAUUUUCUUAUUUAUUGUCAAGAAGAGAAUUCAAAUUAGGUACUCCAGAAAAACCAUUGAGUGAUCUUGGUUUAUUAUCAUACAGAAAUUUCUGGAAAAUUAAAAUCGCAAAAACUUUAUUACUAAUUAAAAAUGCAUUUGAACAAUCAUCAUCAUCAUCAUCAUCAUCAUCAUCAUCAUCAUCACAGGCUCAAUUAACAUUGAAAACAAUCACCUUGAAUGAUUUGGCUAACUUAACAGGAAUGACUACAACCGAUGUGAUUUUUGGUCUUGAACAAUUAAAAUUACUAUAUUAUCAUACUCCAUCGGUACCAUCACCUGCAUCCUCACAAUUUUCACCGAAUAAAGAGGAAGUUAAAAUCAAAAUCAAAAUCAAAUCAUGGUCAAUUCUACAAGAAUUAGUAGAUAACUGGGACUCCAAAAAUUAUCCAAAUGUUGAACCAGAAUUAUUAAUUUGGAAACCAAUGAUUUUUGGUCCAUCUUUUGGUAUAAAUACAUUACAACCACCGCCCCCAAUAUCACCGCCUUUGCAACAUCAUCAACAAUCAGACUCGAUAUCACUAAAUACAACUUCAGGUGAUUUUUUCAGUGACCAUAUUAAUACUUUAACCAAUUUUAUGAGUGAUGAUAUUAACGACCCAAGAGAUCUAGAAACUGUAACAUUGGAAUCACUAUUAAAGAAAAAUGAGGCACUUCAAAAAAUAUCUGACCUUCCUAAGUCCUCUAAUGAUUUGGGAGAAACCCUUGACCAUGCUGGUGGUGAUGAAGAAUGGAAACUAUGUUACAAAGAACCAAUAUUACCGAGUACUACGAUCGCUAUUACUACUAUGAAUAGUGGAACAAAUGUAAUAAACUAUAAUAAUAAUAAUAAUAAUAAUAGUAGUAAUAAGAGCAAGAAUAAACGACCACAAAAGGCGAUAUUCUCCUCCGAAAUCCAAAUAACGGAGCAAGAAGGGGAAGAUGACGAGCCUGAUGACGAUAUUGGAGACAUAAGUAAUACUCUAGAGGACAUAGAUAACAACGAUGAUGAUGAUCAAGAAUAUAGUAGUAACGACGUAGACGAAGACGAUGAGGAGGAUGAUGAUGAAGAAGAAGAAGAAAAUCUAGUGUCUGAUGAGGAAGUGUAA